AUGCGGCGUGUAGUCGUAUACAGACUGAGCUCGGAAUGUCCAGUGGAGGAGAAACCAAACAGUGAGAAGAGUUACGUGGUGGCUUCAUGGCCCUCAAGCACGCCCGGCCACACUGGCUACCUCACCGUUGCCACGCUUCCGCCCACGUUCAUUAGAAAAAAAACUAAUACGAUGAAAUCGGAUCCGGUCAUCGAAAGUCAAUCGGAUAAAUUGUCGGAAGUAACGAAUAAUGAAGCGAUGGCCGUCGAUGUAGCAGCGACAUGA